GUGGCGCCGUCGCCUCAUUCGCCGUCGCGCGUCCGCAGUUUCACCGCGCGUUCAGCGUCGAGCGAAGAACGAAGUCGUUGUGAAUACCACAUGUCCAUCGUCGCGCAGUUAAAGCGCGUCGCCGGCGCCGACGACGACGCGACGCCACUGGCGACGCAUGGGAUUCUUCGCGACGCGCCAUUCGUCAUCGGUCGUCAACACGGCGUGGACGUGCGAUUCGUCGAGGCCGCGGUGAGCCGACGACACGCUGUGUUUCAAGUCGUGGACGGCAAGAUGGUGCUGAAGAAUAUGAGCAAACUGAAUCCGGUGUCGUUGAACGAUACGAUUUUGGACGUGGAGACGGCGGUGACGCUGCGACACGGAGACGUCGUCGGAAUACAGUUGUCGAGCGAGGAAGAGGCGACGUUUAUUUUCGAACAGCUCGCGGAUUCGAUCGCGCGAUCGCCGUUGAGAGAAAACGGUGGGAACACCCCGAUGAGCGUGUCGCCGAUCAAGGGGUCGUCGAACGCGUCGAUGAAAAGUCCGGCGUCUCCAGGGGGAAGCGACGAAAACGAAGCGCCGCCAACGCAGCGCAGGUCUACGCCGCGACGAUCUAUGAAUUUAGGCAAACUCACCGGAACACCGAUGCCUUCGCGAGAUAUUUUGAAGCAAGUUUCCGCGCUGAAGAUGUCGGAGACCAAGGGCGACGCGUCAACGAAGAAGUCGCCCGCAAAGGCGUCGACGCCAAAGCCGAUUGACACCACGCUCAUGGGACGCGAUUUCGAUGAUGAACUCUGUGGAACGCCCGGAGAGAACGUCGCGAUGACUCCGAAGUCGCCGGCAAAAAGUGCGCUAAAGGCACCAGAAAAUCGACUCGCUGUUCGUCCGAGCACGAUUCGAAGACGUUCGAUUUCUUUCGCCGGCGCGGAGGAGCUCGAAGCGAUAAAAUGGAUCGCUCCGCACAACGGCAGGGUUGAGCUGUGUGGCAGAAUCGCUCCGUUGGCUCUGAAUGCCCCUCGGUCGCCUCGACAGCGACGUACUCCGUCAAAGUCGCCGGAAAGCGCGACCAAACGCUUGCCAGCUCCGGAGGUGCUGCUCGCGUUGCCGGCUCCGGAAUCAAACCAGUCGCCGGCGAAGAAACGACGUUCGAGCAUUUCCUUCAAAGCGGUUGAAGAUGGUGAAGAAAACGAAACCCCUGAAGCGAGCUUUACGCGAAGUGGUAGUCAAAUGCAGCGUAAUGACACGCCGCGUCAAAAAUACACAGCUUCGCCCGGUAUGGAGUUCACACCGAUGGGCACCAUCGGCGGAUCUGACUUUGACGAAGACGUCGAUCAGACGGCGAGUGUCGCCGCGAUCACGCCACUCGAUCAAUCAAGCAACUUGAUGGAUCGCAUGGACUUUGUCGCCACGCCAAGCUCUGAGUUCAAGCGCCCUCCGGCUCCCCACAACACACCAGUUGCGAACGUCGCGCAAUCUCCAGGCGUCGAAUUCAACUUGGACGGGUUCAAUUUGUUCCGCAACACUCCGGGCUCGAUGCCACAAGCUCUGCGUGGAUUUUUCGAACAAGAUGAUGCCAGAUGUGAUGCCAUCAUUCGCGCUGUCGAAGCGCUCGAAGCUGCGGCAGAAGAAGACGUGAACGUUGCGGGUGAACUUGACGGUGCACUCGCGCUGUUGCCGACGCCGCCGAGCACGACAAAGCGAGUGGAUGAAUGGUUGCGUACAGACCUGAUGUUAGCCGACGUUCCGGACGACGACGAAGGUGACGACGAAGUGGAAGUGCCAUCAAUUACGUCUCGUGCGAUGCCAUCUCCAGCCAAGUCUGUCAUCGUCAAAUGCAAAAAGCGCAAACGUCGCGAAGGCAAGAGUACGGCGAACGGCUUGAGCAUGCGCAUGCAGCAACUGCAUCGUGCACUGGCGCUCAGCCGUCGGGCGCUGCUCAAAGAGCGUAAACGUAGCGCGGCUUUGAAAGAGAUGUACCUGGAACUCAUGAACACGAGAGAAGAUGUGUGCGUGCAGCAUAAUCCAGAGGAGGCGAAGACGCCCAAGGUUGCGAUGCAAAUUAACGUGAAGGAGGCAACGCCGCAACCUCAAAAGACGCCCAGGGUUGCGAUGCAAAUUAACGUGAAGGAAGCGACGCCAAAAACACCCAAAGUGGUGCUGAACAUCAACAUCAACGAGCCAACACCGCAAAAGACCGCUCAAAAGGUCGAGUUAUGCAAGCCCACGAUGGAGGAGGAAAAGAAGUCGGCGACAGCCUGCUGCUCUGUUUGCUCCGUCGUCGACAAGUGCAAAACUUUGACGUGCGACGCGUGCGCAGUUAUGUUCCACCUCAAGUGUUUGAAGCCUAAACUCACGCGAACGCCGAAAGGUCCGUGGACGUGUGCGUCCUGCCCGGAUCCGGCAAAGGAUACCGCGACAGACGCGCCGAAGCGCAAAGCCGCCGAUACUACGGAGGCGCCUCCGACGCGAUCGAGCCGCCGCACGAGACGAUCUUAA